AUGUAUAAACAAAUAUUUAUUCUUGCUUUGCUUAUUGGAGCUGUUAUUUCCCAGCCAGCUGGUACCUUACCAGGUAUCCAAAAUGGUUACUUAAUUUUAUCUAGUACUACUGACUACAAUGCUGAGCAUUCAGUUUUCAACUCAAAGUUAAAUAGACCAGUCAGAGCUUGGUGCCCAGCUACCAGUGUUAUAAAUAACAAUGGUGAAUGGAUCAUGGCAAGCAGCAUCACUCCAUUCGAUGUAUACGGUAUUCAAAUUCAAGGUCGUUACGAUUACGAUCAAUGGGUCACCUCAUUCCAAAUCCAAGUCUCACUUGAUGGUUUCGCUUGGACCACUAUUGGUACCUACAAUUCUGGUCUCACUGAUCGUAACACUGUCAAGUACAUUGACUUUGGAGGAGCCAGAAGAGUCCGUAACGUUUUGCUCAAGCCAGUAACCUGGAAUCCAAAUGGUAUUGCUGUCCGUUGGGAAGUCAACAUGAAGUUUGUAUAA